AGCCACGCUAGAACAGCGGUUCUCAACCUGUGGGUCGCGACCCCUUUGGGGGUCGAACGACCCUUUCACAGGGGUCGCCUAAGACCAUCGGAAAACACAUAUAUAAUUACAUAUUGUUUUUGUGAUGAAUCACUAUGCUUUCAUUCUGUUCAAUUGUAACAAUGAAAUUGGGGGUCACCACAACAUGAGGAACUGUAUUAAAGGGUCGCGGCAUGAGGAAGGUUGAGAACCACUGCACUAGAAGAUUAAUUGAACCCAAAGAGGGGGUCAUCGGAACUUCUGAUUUAUAGAGCUGGUUGGUCAGAAGCACAGAUGACAACCUGGAUUGGCAAUGGGCAGAAGUGGGAGGAGGGAACAGUAUUGUGGGACUGAGCCCUUAACCGGUGGGAUCUGAUGCCACCUCCAGGUAGGUAGGGUCAGAAUUGUAGGACACCCAGCUGGUACCCGAAAAUUGCUCGGUGAUGUUGGAAAAAACCCCAGAAUUAAAACUAGUGCCAGAAUUGGACCCCACUACUCUCUACCUCCAGAAACUAUCUAUUCCCUUCAUCUGUGACCCCUCAAAGCCCCCCGCCUGUCUCCCCGGUUUACAGGAAUGGGCUGGGAGCUGGAUGGAGCCUUCCCGAGGGAAGGGGCCCAGCCAGAUCAGCCAGAUGGGGGAGGCAGGGCAGGCAUGGAGCUCUGGAAGGUGGAGGGGAAGUGAUGUCACAGGGUCCCGUGGGGCAAAGAGUUCGGUCCUGGGAAAGAGAAGGGGCAGAAUGGCGUCCAUCUGUCACUCAGCCUCCAUCUGUCUCUCCCCAGGCCUAGCAGGGGGCAUGAGCCCUCCAAAGCCAGGAUACACACCAGGAAACGGGCUCCCGCCUGGUCUGGAAGGGGGCGUGAAACCUCAGAAGCCAGGAUAUGGCAGCAGAAACGGGCUGGGGGCCCAGGCAGGUCCCUGCAAUGGGCUUCCCACUCCCGGAGGCCCUUCUGACAAAGCAGGGGGCUGGGGCUCCAAAGCCCAGCCCCCCGCCCCAGCGCAGAACGGCAAGUUCCCAGCACCGACGCCAGCUAUCCAGUGGGGACUGAAGCCUCAGAAAGCAGGGUUCCACCCUUCAAACGGCUACGGACCAGGAGCAGAACUGGGCUUUGGUGAUGGCCUCAAACCUCAGAAAGUUGGUUUUAGUUACGGGAAUGGUGGUCUGGGAGCCGGGGUCUUCGCCGAGGCCCUCCUGCAGCCAGGGUUCUCUGGGGCCAAUGGCUUUAGAAACGGGUAUGGCGAGGAAGCGCUGGUGUACCCCAAAGCCGCAGCUCCGGCCUCUGAAGGAAAUGGUCAGACUGAGGCUUUGAGGGGCUCUCCUUGGCCCUCCCUCCAGCCUUGGGGGGCUGCCUGGAAGCCUGGAUAUGGGGCCGGAGGUGCAUAUUCAGGGGUCGAAAGCCAGCCAGGGCCCUAUGAGCAGCUGAGGCCAGAGCUGGGCCCCAGACCCUUUGGAGGCCCUGAGGUGAAGCGAGGCAGCAGUGGCCCGCUGGAAAAUGGCUAUGGAGGCCACUGCCCUUUUGGGAAAUGCUGAGCCCCUGAGCUGGUCCACUGUCAUCCUGAGAGCUUGGUCUGCUUGGCAAGGACGGCCAGACCCUUGGGCUUGGUCUCUGGCCUGGGCUCGCCUGCAGGCUGGAAGUAUUAAUAAAGGUGA